UGAUGAAGGAACUUCAGAAGUAAUUCGAAAGUAAUGGAGAAAAGCAGAGAUAAAAAUUUUUGAAGCAUUUAUAUGAAAUACUUGAUGUAUGAUUUACAUGUAUAAAUUAGAAUCCUAAAAAUUAUUAGAUUAUAAGAUGGGAUCAACAUGGGUUUGUUAUUUGGAAUGUUGAAGAAUUUAAGAAUCAAUUGCUGCCUUCCAACUUUAAACACAAUAAUUACUAAAGUUUAAUGAGGUAGCUAAAUAAAUAUGGAUUCAAAAUAAAAUCAAAAGAAAAUCUGAAAGCCUAUUUUACUCAUCCUACUAUUCGAGAGAACAAUAGAGAAACAAAACGGGUUUUAUAGAUAAAAAAGAAAUUAGAUAAGAUAGAUUAUGAAAAAGAAUUAAAUGCUUUGAAAGGAUAAUUAGAAGAUCUGAAGGAAGGAUAAAAGACUUUAAAUAAAUAGUUUCAACUUUCAAUAAAAAUAAUGAUGAAAUUGCAAUCACAUUAUGCUAGAUUGAAUAUGGUAUCAUUAUUAUUAUUACUUUUAAUUAGAUGACAUUAUACACUGUUGGAUUUGCAAAUAUAUUUGGAAAUCUGUUAUAUACAAAUCACAAAAGAAUUUGGGGAAAUAUUGGAGGAGAUCUUCUUCAAGUAUUUAAAUUUUAUCUAAUAUUUAGUUAUAACUUAACUCAAUUCUUUAAGGAUUUCCUGAACUCCUAGAAACCAGAUUGCCAACUCCUUUAAUCUCCAAUUUAGGAACUCCAUUGCCUUUUUAUCAAUUUAUUGGAUAGAUCAAGGAAUUCACAACCUUACUUCUAUAGUGAAAUG